AUGGCAGCCUCUGUAGCAUUAUCACCUCACCGAUUCUCAGUACCCAGGGAUCUACGAAUUCAUCAGCAAUUCCAUACCAACAAGCCCACCUCGAGAUUGAGGCAGAAAUAUACAACAAUCAGAUGUAGUAAUAGAAAGACUGCAGAAAGGGCAAGAACAGAAAAGAAUUACUACCAAUUGCUUGGAAUUUCUGUUGAUUCAAACUCCAAGGAAAUCAAAGAAGCUUACAGGAAGCUGCAAAAGAAAUAUCACCCGGAUAUUGCAGGCCAAAAGGGCCAUGAACAUACCUUAUGGCUAAAUGAGGCUUAUAAGGUGCUGAUGAGAGAGGAUCUCAGGAGAGAGUACGAUGCUUCCAUUGGUCAAGUGAGAAUUGGGGGGCUUCUUGGGAGAGAUGCGUCUGGACCUGGUUAUAGCUCAUGGAGAGGACCUCUAAGACCUCAAGCUCUUUUUGUUGAUGAGAAUGCUUGCAUAGGGUGCAGAGAAUGUGUGCACCAUGCCAAUAACACCUUCAUGAUGGAUGAAAUUCUUGGAUGUGCUCGAGUCAAAGUUCAAUAUGGAGAUGAUGACAGGCAAAUCGAGGUAUCCGUAGAUUCAUGUCCAGUGAACUGCAUCCAUUGGGUGGAUAGAGAAGAGCUGGCAGUGCUCGAGUUUGUCGUUCGACCUCAACCAAAAGAAGGGCAUGGUAUAUUCGGGCAAGGCUGGGAAAGACCUGCAAAUGUUUUCAGUGCAGCUAAGUCCUUUAGCAAGAAAUUGAAGCAGCGGGAAGAACAGUCCCAAAGAAAUGCACGACAACCUGUUGAUCAAGAAACCCCUGCUCAAGCGCAGGCUCGAGCAAGUGCAGGUAUAAAACUGAAGAUGGAGAGUUUGACAAGAACUUGGAACUGGGUGAAGGAAUUGGCUGGUCAAUAAAUGGAAAAGGAACAUAUUUGCCAUUGGCGAGAGGAACAGCUAAAUCAAUGCGACUUAAUCAUAUGAUAUCAACAAGAAACCUGUUAGUGUCAACCAAAAUAAAAUAGGCAAGCAGAAUACCAAACAAAUCAAGUGGACGAAGAAGGCAGGAAAAAGGCAAGAGAAAGCAAGCAUAUGC